AUCCGCGCAGGCAGUGCUGCGCCGUCCGCCGUAUAUCUGUGCCCAGUCCCGGGGGCCGCCUCAUUCCCCAUCCUCAGAUCACGGUCUUUCCUCACGCUACCGCCACGCCGCCUCCGCCCGCGUAUCCUCGGCCAUGGCUCUGUAGCCGCGACCCCUCUGUGCCCCCGGCCAGUCUCCGCGCUCACCGCGCCUGCGCUCUCCGCUCCUGCCUUCUCUCUUCAGCCGAGGCCGCCGCCGCCUCUUCUUUGCGCAGCCAUGGAGUCCUCCACUUUUGCCUUGGUGCCUGUCUUCGCCCAGCUGAGCAACCUCCAGAGCCUCCUCCCAGCUGUUGGUGCAGCGUCUUCCAUUGCCAUCGGUGCCCCGCGCCCGUGCUGCAGCCAUGUCACUCCUGGCGACCCUGGGGCUGGAGCUGGACAGGACCCUGCUCCCAGCUAGUGGGCUGGGCUGGCUCGUAGACUAUGGGAAACUCCCCCUGGCCCCUGCCCCCCUGGGCCCCUAUGAGGUCCUUGGGGGAGCCCUGGAGGGCGGGCUUCCAGGGGGGGGAGAGCCCCUGGCAGGAGAUGGCUUCUCUGACUGGAUGACCGAACGGGUCGACUUUACAGCCCUGCUCCCUCUGGAGCCCCCCAUGCCCUCAGGUGCCCUCCCCCCACCUUCCCCACCCCCACCUGACCUGGAAGCUAUGGCUUCCCUGCUCAAGAAGGAGCUGGAGCAGAUGGAAGACUACUUCCUCGAUGCCCCUCUGCUCCCACCAUCCUCCCCACCUCCGCCGCCGCCCCCGCCCCCGCCGGCACCUUCCCUCCCUCUCCCCCUACCCCUGCCCACCUUUGACCUCCCCCAGCCCCCUGCCCUGGACACCCUCGACUUGCUGGCCAUCUACUGCCGCGGUGAGGCCGGGCAGGGGGACUCGGGGUUGGCGCCCCUGCCUCCACCUCCGCAAGCCCCGCCCCCGCCCCGGCCCGCCCCCUACCCCAGUCCUGCGACCAGCCGAGGAGACCGCAAGCAAAAGAAGCGAGACCAGAACAAGUCCGCGGCUCUGAGGUACCGCCAGAGGAAGCGUGCAGAGGGCGAGGCCCUGGAGGGCGAAUGCCAGGGGCUGGAGGCGCGGAACCGGGAGCUGAGGGAGAGGGCGGAGUCGGUGGAGCGGGAGAUCCAGUAUGUCAAGGAUCUGCUUAUCGAAGUGUACAAGGCUCGGAGCCAGAGGACCAGGAACAGCUAGCCGGGCGGGGGCUUCGGGCUGUCGGGGGCGCUGGUCUUCGGCGCUGGUCUUCGGCACCGGGGCGGAGCGGGGAGGGUCCCCAGUCAUCCCCCUGCCUCCAGCUUCCUUCCAAACCCUCCCUCCCCCUCCUCUCCCUCUCUCCCCCUCCCCUUUUAUUCUUGCCUUCCCUUCCCGCCCCCCCCUCCCCCCCCCCGGAAUCAUGAGACGUUUGGCAUGAGUCAGCAUUUACACCCUUCAAGUAACAUCUGAGGAACAGAGGCCCAUGGGGAAUUUGGGAGGCAGGGGAGAGCUUGGAAAACCGGUCUCUCAAGCAGGGAAGUGAGCCCAGGAAGCCCUGCAGAACGUCUGUGCAAAGGAGAACAGGGAAGCCAUCUGGAGACCAAGUCAGGGAGGGCUCAAAGAAAGGUGCCCAAGGAAUGAGCAAAACAAGCCAAGUGACCUUGGGAACUACAUUUGGAGGUGGAGCCAAGAGGUAGCCGACUUGGCAGAGCAGGUGCAUAUUUGGGGGGUCUGGGGGAGUGGCGGUAAUGGGUGACGGGGUGUACAUUUUAGCUCUGGGAGGAAAUCAGUGUUUUGUGAAGGUGUUGGGGGAGGUGCGGGAGGGCAGGGACUGAUUGAUCAUUUUGGAAGGGGGCUUUGUGAGUGGAAAUAAAAGGAAGAAUUUCCUCUGA